UUAAUUCCACAAUCUUCAUCUUCCACAUAAUUAAAAACUUGUGCAAAAUUUGACAGAGAAACAAAAUAAGAAAAUUAAAGCUAAGAGAGAAAUAAUGUUGCAGGCACCACCUUGUAACAAGAAAUGCACGAAUAAAUUCUCAUCUCUCAUCCAAAUUCCUUGGAGAGUUUUUUGCAAAAAGGCGUGUGAUGCUGAUGGCGAUACAUGGGAGGAAUGUUUGGAACAAUGCGAUGAGAUGUGCUAUAAGGGUCCGGUUCUGAAGGAUCAACAGUGGAGUGUUUAUAUUGAUCGUGCCCCUGGUUCUGCUAGCUACUCCGAGGACUGUCAUCGCGCUUGUGUAGCUGGCUGUGGUUUCAAGUUUGAUAUCUCUUCUGCGGAAGUGGAUAAAAUCCAAUCAAGCAGGUCCUCCAAACCUCCUGCUGAAGAGGAGCCAGCUGAUAAAAACAAAUCCACAUAAAUAUAAUGAAGAAUUUUCUUGACAUUUUCUACAAUUAUGUAAUGAGUAAGAAUAGCACAUACAAUUUAUUAUCCUAGGAUUUUACUACUUUAGCUUAAAAAUUUGUUUUAAAAGUUGAGUUUUGAUAUUUAUAGCUUCAUUAUGCACAUGGAAGUGUUGAUCUUGUUGUAAUAUUUUCUUAAUCGAACUUCUAUACAACAGUGUAACCAAUUUUUUGUACUACCAAA